AUGGCGGCCGCUGACCAGGUUUCGGCUCUCCAACAGCGACAACCCGGACCGUCGUCUAUACCUACCUCCGACCUGAUCCUCCGCGAGACACAAUACCUAUACUCGUUUACGCUCCUCGUUGCUUUCGUGUCAUGUGUGGCAUGGUACAGUGUUUAUAAUGCAAAAAAACAGGAGAACAUUGUGCAAUCGCACUUAAAAGGCCCCGGAGGAAAGCCGUUGCCCGUCACAAAAAAAAAGACAACAGAUGAUGGCGCGCGCAAGCUCGGCCCUCACUUUGGCUCGGUUGCUAAGAACGUCUUUCGUUAUCUGGCCGCAGUUAUCUUCAUGUCCUACAUUGCAACUGGCGCCUUCAUGUUUGACCAUGCCUUCUACCACGACGACCCCUACAAAUGGUCCAAGGAAGGCCUUGCAUGGGCUGGCGAGUGGACCGUCGUCCACGUUCUUGGCUCCAUCUUCUUCUACCUCUAUAUCCUUUUCUCCCUCUUCGACUGGAAAAAGGGCCCCAACGUCGUUCACCUCUUGAUUUGGGUCCUAGGCCUAGCCGGCGAGAUUGUGAUCUUCGCCACCACCUUCAAAGCUGCCGCUGCAUGCCGCAUGGCCAACCCCCAGGCCCAAUUGAGCGCUAGAGGCUGCUUCGAUCACUGGAUUAAACUUGACUUGGUUUUAUACUUUGUCCGAAUCCUCCAUCUUACUGCACUCAUUGGCGUCUUUAGCAUCGCCUGGAUCUGCAAAGUACGAUCAAAGCGCUCUGACAAGCUCGAGGACGGCUUUGACCAUGAGCAAACUCCUCUUUUGAACGGCUAUCAGAGGUCGUAUGAAACCCAAAACGGCGAUGCUAUUUCUAACGGGACCAUUGGACGCGAAUCAUACCCUCGUCGCUCUCGAGGCCGAACCAUGUCUAACGCAGCCAAAAACGCAGCCCCGAACUCUCGCAAAGACGAAAACGCUGCCUUUUAUCGACCGCAAAAGCUUCCCCACAAGACAUGGUGGGAGUAUAUCCGCGGAUAUUCCCUUUUUUUCCCUUACUUGUGGCCCAAGGAUUCCGUCAUGCUGCAGCUGCAGGUCCUCGUUUGCUUUGUCUUGGUCAUUAUCCAGCGUAUCGUCAACAUCAUUGUGCCGACCCAGAUCGGUGAGGUUGUCAAGCAGCUCAACCAUGCCAUCAAGGAAGUGCAAGAUGGACAACCCCUGACUAUGGAUCUGUUUCCGCUCCGCGCCUCCCUGUUUCUUGGGCUUCUCUGGAUUCUGCAGGGCAUGCUUGGGCCGCUUCGAUCGUUACUUUGGAUACCUGUCUCCCAGUACUCGUACCGCGGCUUGACGACGGCUGCUUUCAACCAUGUGCAUUCUCUCAGCUUGGACUUCCAUCUCUCCAAGCGCACGGGCGAAGUCCUGUCGGCACUCAACAAGGGUUCUUCCAUAAACUCCUUCCUUGAGCAGGUCACUUUUCAAGUCAUCCCUAUGCUUUUUGAUUUGGUCUUAUCUAUUAGCGUUUUUUACUACAAAUUCGGACCCCUCUACGCGCAAAUUAACUUGGUCGAUACCUGCUGGUAUCUCUACAUGACUAUCAAGAUGGCAUCGACCCGAGCUGACCAACGACGCGAAAUGACUAAUGCCGAUAGAGAAGAAGAGGCCGUCAAGAAUGAUUCUAUAUCUAGCUACGAGACGGUCAAAUACUUCAACGCCGAAGAGUACGAAUCCAACCGUUAUCGUGACAAGGUCGGAGCCUACCAAAAAGCCGAAGCCAAGGUACAAAUUGGUAUGGUCAUGAUGAACGUGUGCCAGACGCUUGUUUUCAAUCUUGGCAGGAUUUUGGCCGCCCUCAUCUGUGGUUGGCAGGUUGCUGUGGGAAGCCGCGAAUCUAGUGAUUGGUUUGUCGUCAUUUCCUACCUCACCCAGCUUCAAGGCCCGCUCAACUUCUUCGGCACCUUCUACCGUACAGUACAGCAAUCCAUGAUUUCAGGCGAGCGCUUGCUUGAGUUGUUCAAAAUUCAGCCUACGGUUGUCGACAGUCCCAACGCAAAGCCUCUCGAAAACUUUUCCGGCCACAUUCGCUGGAAAAAUGUCAACUUUUCUUACGACAGGCGCCGUCCGGCGCUGCGCAAUAUCAGCUUCGAGUGUCAACCUGGAACCACGACUGCAUUUGUUGGAGAGUCUGGCGGCGGAAAAUCUACCCUUUUCCGUCACAUGUUCCGAUACUACGAGUGCGACGAAGGUAGCAUUGAAUUGGACGGCCAAGAUGUACGAGACUUGACAAUUUCGUCCGUUCGUCGUCAUAUCGGUGUUGUUCCUCAAGAUACAACUUUGUUCAACGAAUCGCUCAUGUACAAUCUGAGAUACGCAAACCCAAACGCUACGGAUGAGGAAGUCUAUGCUGCCUGCCAGGCUGCCAGCAUUCAUGACCGGAUUUUAUCGUUCCCGGACCAAUACGAAACCCAGGUUGGAGAACGUGGUCUGAGGCUGAGCGGCGGCGAGAAGCAACGGGUUGCAAUCGCUCGCACUAUUCUCAAGGAUCCUCGCAUCAUCAUGCUUGACGAGGCCACCUCAGCUCUGGACUCGCACACCGAGCAGGAGAUCCAAGAGAAUGUUUGGGACAUCGGCCAAGGCCGCACUCUACUUAUUAUUGCCCACCGUUUGUCCACGAUUACCCAUGCUGACCAGAUUGUGGUUCUUCAUGCUGGUACAAUCGUUGAGAAGGGCACACAUGCGGAGCUUCUGGCUGCUGGUGGCCGAUACGCGUCGAUGUGGGACAAGCAGAUCCGGGCCGAACGCGCUCUCGAUGCUGCUAGAACUGCGACUCUCCGUGCCACACGUUUCCUCCGCAAGGCUAACAUGGGCCACAAGAAGGGAACCGAGACGCCUCUAGACGGCUAUAACAGUCUAGGCUCCUCGGCUACCCUUACUGGCAACAAUGCAAGCCGCGGAUCCAAGAACAGCAAGAGUGACGACACGACGGAAGAGGUCACCACGUCCGGCUCGUCCUCGUCGGACGAGGAGUCUGGACACACGGACGACCACUCGCCAGAGCGCAAAUUGAACCAGUAA